AUGCCCUUAAAAAAAGAGAUGAUGAGGGCGGCAAAGGAGCAACGGGAACUGGAGAAAGAGACGAUGCCCAACGGAGGAAAACCCAAAGGCCUCUUCAGGAAGUCCAGGAACUCCUCCCAGCAAGUGCUCACGACAAGAGUGUCAGUGUGCGGCCCGCCACCCGCUCAGGUUGCCAAGAUGAAUGAGAGGCUGACCGAGGCCGGCCAUCAGUUUAAGAAGAAGCAGCCUAAAGGCACCAUCGACGUGUGGUGGCUGUUUGACGAUGGAGGCCUUACCCUGCUGCUCCCCUACAUCCUCACCACCAGGAAGAAGUGGAAAGACUCUAAAUUAAGGAUCUUCAUUGCUGGGCAGCCUGGACGCAGCGAGCUGGAUAAAGAGGAGAUGAAGUCACUGCUGCAGAAAUUCAGAAUCAACUGCAGCGACAUCACCGUGGUCGAUGACAUCCACGUGCCCCCCCGAUCUGAGAGCUCCAGGAAGUUCGAGGAAAUGAUCGAGCCCUUCCGUCUGCGCGAGGGUUCCGGAGACAGCGUUCAGGCUGCGGCCAUGAGGAAACAGAAUCCCUGGAAAAUCACCGACGAAGAGCUGAGCAGCUUCGAGGAGAAGACCAACCUCCAGAUACGAUUGAAUGAGCUCCUUCAAGAACACUCAAAACUGGCCACUCUGAUCGUUGUGAGCAUGCCCAUCGCUCGUAAGGAAUCUAUUUCUGAUUUCCUCUACAUGGCCUGGCUGGACAUCCUGACUAAGGAUCUCCCUCCGACCCUGCUCAUGAGAGGCAACCACAAGAGCGUGCUCACCUUCUACUCCUGAGCACCUGGUUGAUGGUAAUAGGAACAAUAGUAGAGCCGUAACAUACAGCGAUUUUAAACUAAAUCCGGCUGACAACAUUUAUACACCAGGACUCAUUCAAACAUGCAAGAAGUAAAAGACAGGUUUUAUAAAGCUUUACCUUCGGCCCAAAAGUUUUAUUAUUUAUCCACAUUUUCUCUGCUCAGUCUGUUAAGGUUCUCUAUGGAUAAAUUUUAUACUUUUUUGCUAAAUGAGUAGUUGAACUUUUACUAAGAAAAGCAUCUUGAUACUACAGUUUAUGGCUACAAAAGAAAAAAACAUUUGACUGUUUUGUUGUGCUGCCAGAGUCACAUCACUAAAUGUUUUAAUUUGAUGUCUGUGCAUAAGUCUGAAUGUGAAUUUAGCAACACAGGUGAUGUUUAAGCUUCUCACAGUAUUGGCUCAGGACUAAAGCAUGACUAAAAGUGUAGAAAAGGAACUUAAAGUCAUAAUUUGGGGUUGAAAUGACCUGGACUUGGCCAGACCACUUCUAUGAACAAAAACAAACAAAAACACGGCUGCUACAAAAGUUACACUAAGUGACUGUGACUGUAAAGUAAAUGUACAUAGUAGACAUAUGACAUCAAUACAAGUACCUUAAUUAAUAAAAUGACACUACCAUUGUUACUUUAUGUUUCAUCUAAAUAUUUGGUGAUAUUGAUUUGAUCUUCAGUAUAUUCACUGAGUGUAAAAUACAUAGCCAUGAUACAAUAUCUGUAAUGUUAUUAUCACAGUACAUCUGAAAUUAAAUAUUGAAAACUGUCAAUCCAAAUCAUUUGUAUAUUUUAGCCUACUGACUGUCUUUCUUUUUGAAAAUGGA